UCUGCUCGACCGCCAAACCUCUCGACGCCAUCCCAAUUUUUCGCCAAACCUUUGGUCAGCGCCCCAGCAACGAUUAAUCGAAGAUACCGAAGAGUUAAUCUUUGCAAAAUCAGUCAAGAUGGUUCUCGCCGUUGAUCUUCUCAACCCCAGCCCUGCUGCUGAGGCCAAGAAGCACAAGCUUAAGACUCUCGUCCCCGCCCCGAGGUCCUUCUUCAUGGACGUCAAGUGCCCCGGCUGCUUCACCAUCACCACCGUUUUCUCGCACGCCCAGACCGUCGUCAUCUGCCAGGGCUGCACGACCGUUCUCUGCCAACCGACCGGUGGAAAGGCCCGCCUGACCGAGGGCUGCUCGUUCCGGAGAAAGUAGAUGUAUCGCCAAUUCUAAUUUCUCAAAGAUAACGGGGUUCAAUAAAAAAAAAAGGGUCAUGCCUGGGAUCAUACCUUCUCUUGCUCACUGGGAUUUUUUUCUGUCUUGUCACGUCCCUCGGCGUCUAUCGGAGUUUUUACACUGCUUCGCGCCUUCUUCAUUUUUUCCAUGUCAUCAUGUUGAUACACACGAACCGGUCGUCUAUUUUGGGGGAGGGGGAUAAAAACAACCUUUUUUGCGACAACGACUUCACGGACAGGACUUCACGCCACGAUCUGGUAAUGAAGUAGGUUGUGGGAUAGGAAAAGUAACAGGAACCCCUCUUUAAAAACUUUCGUUUUCCAUGCGAAUGAUUCUGGUUGCUAGCCUAAUCCUACAUGAACAGUGCCGCUCCGAAUAGUACAAUGAUCAUGUUUGAACCCUGAAACCUGAGCUCCUCUGUAACGCCAUGCUAAAGUGACCUCCGUAACCUACGUCUUCUGUGCCCUCGUAAAGCCAACCCAUACAAUAACAAAUGAAAAGAGACCAAGUAUUCAGUCUUGGGCAACAUCCAUUUCCAAAUCCGAAGUGUACUCAAGAAAUUCAGCCUCUGGAAAAUCGUCGGAUUUUGCCACCAUAACGUUCUCUUGGCCCUGAAAAAAGGCCCCAUUCUUCACAUCGGCUCCAGCUUGCCGACGAGUGCGUGGCACAGCCAUGACUCGAGGAUUCCCAAAUCCCACAGGCGUCUGGCUCCGUGGGCUGACCUCGCCAUCAUGUCGGAACUGUUGGCGGAAGAGACGAAGGCCAAGCUGCUCAGGACUCUCGCCCUCGUCGGCCAGCUCGUCGCCAAAGACCCUCUUGCGAGAGUUGACCACGGUGGCGCCUAGUGAAUCAUUCGACUCGACCGACUCUUGACUGCUCGACAAACCGGGCAGAUCAUCUAGGUCCGAGACGAAGGAAGCUCCCGGGGCAAAGGCCGGUUGGCUGCUCAUGCCGCCAACGCUGUGGAUGCCGCAAAAUGGUAGCAGUUCGCGAUUGCCGCCCGAGUAGGUGGGCUUAGCGGCAGGCAUAGGAUUCACGUCGGUGGUGCUCGCCACCUGCUUGGCGGGCUUGUCUGACCACAGCGCGAAGCUGCCAUAGCUGCCAGUCUUGUAGCCCUCAGGGACCGACUUGCGGACACGCAUGCCGACGUUGAGCAGGCUCGACUGGAUCGAAGCCGGCAGAGCGGGUGCGGUCGCAUGCUGAGAGAAGCGGCCUCCGCCGCUGAUGUUGUCGUCGUCGCUCAGUGACGGCGACGAGGUGGCCGAGAAGAAAGAUGUGAUCUGGCGCUGAGCGGGGUCGGAUGCCGCGCCGGUGAAGGGGCGUUUGGCGCGGUGGACAGACAUUGCUUUUCCCUGGGCUGUGAUCACAGAUGGGAAGCUAUCCAAGAGGAGCAAUCGGGGCCGGCCGAGACAACUGCUUUGCUUUCCCGGCCACUUAAUGAAUGUGUUGUUGGCGUGACAGACAGCCGCAGAGAAUUGACUGUAUUCCGUAUUCUGUAUGACAGACUAAUCGAAUACAAGCAGAGGAGUAACUGACUCUGUUCUGUCGAUACCUUUGGCUAUUAAAUGGACGGCAAGCUUAGAUGCGUGAUGCGUUGGCCAAGUCGCCGCUAUUCCGUGGGGCUUCUUCAAUAUGCCGAUGAGAUUGCUAUUGCGUGAUAACCGGCGGGGGUUUCCCCAAUCUAAAUUCGAUGAAAAAAUAAUAAUAAAUAAAUAAAGAAUGGUCUGAGCUAUCCUGGUAAACUGACAGGGGAGAGAAUGACGAUGCUGAACAAAAUAUAGUGCAAAAAAAGACGUUGCGAGAGUGGAGAGUGUCUUGCAAUGUAAAAGAAAGUGUGGUCUUGUCAAAAGAGACGCUUCUACGGGGCUAGGGAUGGAAACGCAAUCAAAUUCCCUGCUUCGGUUCGCACUUUUCUG